UCGGCUUGGAAUAUCAGACGGAUUAACCGCAUCACUGACUGACCCCAAUCUAAGCCCCUUCGUCUAAUCAGCCAACUGGUGGGCGACUAGGCGACAACAACGCAGUUCCUUCCAUCAGUCAGUUGGCGCCAGUUGCCUCUAAGACGAUGAUCUCGAUGUGGCUGCCACUUGUGUGCAUGUGCCUUCUGCCGCUCAUGCAGGCGGAGCAUGUGGCUCCCCAGCUGGAUAUUGCUGUGAAGGACUUCCAGCUGGAGCUGCUGCGCGAAUUAGGCGACCUGCUGCAACAGCGGACUGAGCCGAGUCUCAACGAUUACCUGGAUCGUCUGGGGCGCAUUCCCAGGAAUGCCAACUAUACAGAACAGCUGAGUGCAGCGCGUGCCACGCCGAAGAUCCAAGCGAAGGUGACGCUCAUCAAGCAGCUGCUGGAUGUGCGACCCCACCUGGACACCGACAUGGAGUACACCAUCGUGCUGCGGAACCUGGUCUUCCUCAACCGACUGAGAUCCACGCUGCGGGCGGCUGAGGAGACCAGCACACAAGAGAUACGCAUGAUGCGCAUGUACCGCCUCUGCCAGCAGCUCGACCGCCCGGCUCCACAUCAUCAAGGGAGUCGUCUGAUCAACGAACAGACAGUCGGCGCCGCAUUGGAGCAGCUCAACCUGACCAAGAAGGAGGUCAACGCCACCGGCUUGGAUCUCAAUGAGUUUGGGGCGCAGCUGUACGAGCGAGUCAAGUUGUCGGGCGCCGAAAUCAUCGACAACUACCUGCACAUCCUGCGCUCCCUGCUGCAGGACAUCAUCGACGGCGACCAUGCGGAUCUGGCCGGCAGCACUGCCAAGCUGGACAAGAUGCUGCAGCAGCUGGACGCCAUGCUUGCCACAGCGGACUUCUUCGAGAAACGGCAGCUUGUGUACGCGUACCUGGAGACCCAUUUGCGCACGGAUUACGAGGAUAUGCGGGACACGUCGAGCAGCGAGCACAUCACCGAACACCUACUCACGCAGCUGCGGACCAAGGGACUGGACCUGUUCGUCAUCUUUCUCUUCAGCAACUUUGAAUUCAUAGACCUGGUGCACGAGCACUGGGAUCAACUGCUACCACAGUCACCCAGUCUCCUCUACGACGAGACCGCCCGCCAACUCUACGAUCUGCAGCAGCUGUACCAGGCCUUCAAGCUGGACACGGAUUGCGAGGCCAAGUACACCGCCUACUCGGACGCACUGCGUCGCUUGCACGAGCGGACCGUGGAGCAGGGCCAGCGCAAUAGGCACAUCUUUGAGCUGCUCCACAACGCCGCCCAAAGCGUCGGCACGGUCACCUUCAACAUGAUCCGGGACAAGUGCAACGAGCUAAGAUGAGCCUUAGUCCUUUAACAUUAUAAUACACCCAUCUGUGCGUCUUAAAUGCUGGCGGUUUCAUACAUUUUACUAUAUGGUUCCAUACAUUUUACUAUAAAGUUCCAUACAGUUUACCAUAUAGCUUCAUACAUUUUACCAUAUAGUUCCAUACAUUUUACCACAUAGUUCCAUAUGAGAAUGCCUUUUAUUGAAGACAGCGGCUGCCUGGUCUGCAAGUGACAGAGUUCGAAAGGACAAGUUUCACAAGAUAAUUACAUUUUCCCAGUUCCUGCGGUUGUCGGCUGCUUUUAAUAUCCGUCUGCCGCAUCUGAUUUCGCUUAAGUAUCGUCCAGGAACACCUUUCCACAUCUUCAGGUUGAGCGGACAGGAACUUCCUUUUGCCGCAUUAUGCAGAUGUUGCCGUUAGUGUUGCUGCUCCUGGUGUUGCUUCUCCAGCGCUUGUCCUUGUUUAUCUGAUGCUGCCAGUGCUCCAAGGAUUCAGCUGCUGCGCUGCUCCUGCUCCUGAUCCAUCUGAAGCUGAAGCUGCAGUUCCCUGGCUCCCCUGUGGUACCGAUGGGCCUUCAGACUAAUGACUGCUGCUGCCGCUGUCGUUGGCCAAAGCCAGCUAAUUAAUUGUCGUCGUUGCAGGUGAUUAGAACUUAAAUGAGUUGCCGGUGCAGCAGAAGUUUCCGUGGCGCAGUUAGCCGUCAGAGAAGCGAUGACAUGAGGGGAUAGCCGUGCCAAAUUGGACACAAGGGGGUUGCUCUGUUAUGCAGCUGUUUUGUGGUGGUCACACAAUAGCUUUUAUGCGACCAAAAACCAAGUGCGCAACUCGAUAUUCGGAAAAUGUUACAGCACAAUGUCAAGUUCAAUCUGUUUUCAUUGCAACCAAAAAAUCGUCAAAAAUAUCUGACUAU